AUGAGGCUUCUCUUCGAGAAGGUUCGGCGCCUGGAGAGCGAGCAGCAGCGCAGCCACCAGCCCCUCUGGGCAAAGCCACGACCUGGGCCCUUUACUGAACGCAUCCUCAAUUAUCACCAGAAGAAGGACAUCCAGCCUCUCCGUAUCGCCUUCUACACUGGCACGGAGGAUCCUCUCACCCACAUCCACUCCUUCCAGUCUGCCCUCGGGUGCAAGGGCCUUAGUGACGAUGACAUGUGCCUCAUCUUCCCUUCAACCCUCAGUGGCGCGGCCCUGAAUUAG